AUGGGGUCAACAACCGCGUACACGGCGUUGACGCUACUUCCACUCAUCGUAUGGUCCCUCUAUGCCCUCCUUCGACAGUGGCGCUUUGGCAAGUACGCACAUAUCCCCAAGCAAAAGAAGCCGUCAUUGCUCCUUGGAAAUUUGAAAGACAUUGCGAUGGGAUUCACGAGGAUAGGCGACCCCAGGCGUCACUUCGACUACAUCGCAGAGAAUGAGCUCAAAGAGGUCGGAAACCCACCUCUCCUGUAUCUUGACCUGCGACCAUUCAGCUACGUCUUGAUAGUGGUAAGGAGUUACGACAUCGCCGAGCAGAUCAGCCGCGUCUCCAAACUGCACCCGCAGAGCGUGACCAAGUCUCCUACACUGAUGACAUCGUACCGCGCGCUCAUCGGCAAGAAGUCCCUCCUCACCGAAGAAGGAGACUCCUGGAAAGCGCUUCGCAAACGAUUCAACCUGGGAUUCGCGCCCCAGCACUUGCUCACCCUGAUGCCCCAGAUUCUCUCCAAAACCAAGAUCUUCAUGGCGAAGCUCGACGCGCUGGCAGCCACGGGCGAGGAGUUCGAAAUGGACCCCCUGUGCACGAACCUGACGUUCGACAUCAUCGGCGAAGUGGCCAUGAAUCUGGAUCUCCACGCGCAGAGUGACAACGAAGCCGAGAAGCACGACAUCGUCCGGCACUUCCACACGCUGAUGGGAACCUUCCUCGACACGGGGCGCAUCUGGCUCUGGGCCAACAUCCCCGUCCGGAUCCGCCGCCUCCUCUCCUCCUGGGCUGCCGACGCCGCCAUCAAGCGCGAGAUAAAGCGACAAUUCGCCAUCAUCAAAGCCUCCCAGGAACAACCAUCCUCCUCCUCCUCCUCGACCAAACCGCGCGACCGCUCCGUCGUCGCCCUCGCCCUCUCCUCCAUCCCAGAGCUAACCCCCCAAAUCCUGCAAUCCACCGCCGACCAAGUGAAAACGUUCCUCUUCGCCGGGCACGACACCACCUCCAUCCUCCUCCAACGCCUCUUCUACGCGCUCUCCAUCCACCCGUCCGCCCUCCACACCCUCCGCACCGAACACGCCACCCUCUUCGGCACGCACUCCACAACCCCAGCAAUCAUGCACGCCUUCGCCACCCACCCAGACUCAACAAUAAAGUCCCUCCCCUACACCUCCGCCUGCAUAAAAGAAACCCUACGCCUCUGGCCACCCGCGGGAACAGCCCGCCGCGCAGCACCCGGCUCAGGCAUGAAACUGCACGUCCGCGAGACAGGCGAGGACGUCUGCGUCGACGGCUGCGUGCUGUAUCUAUGCCACUACCUCAUCCAUCGCGAUAAGGCCGUCUACGGGCCCGACGCAGAGGAAUUUCGACCGGAGCGAUGGCUCGGGGAUGUGGAUACGAGUUCUACUGCCCCUAACAGGAAUGACGCAGCAGCAGCAGCAGCAGCAGGAGGAGGAGGAGGAGGAGGAGGAGGAGGAGGGACAAAGGUGCCGACGGGUGCGUGGCGCGCGUUCGAGCGCGGUCCGAGGAAUUGUAUUGGCCAGGAACUCGCCAACAUUGAAGCUCGCAUCAUUCUCGCGUGCGUGAUGAGGCGGUACGAUUUUGAGAAAGUGGGUGCGGGCAAGGUGGUGAGGGGUAGCGACGGAGAACCCGUGUUCGAUGAAGAGGGGGAGAGAGAUGGAGUAAGGAGGUACAAGGUCGAGAGCGAGCUGUUCAACUGCAUGAAGGUGACGGCGAAGCCGUUCGAUGGGUGUCGGAUGAGGGUUAGGAGGACGGGGGUGUCAUAG